CUUUUUUUUGAAAAAUAUUUUCCAUCUAGCCUCAUUUUCAAAGAUUAUAUUUACCGUGAUGACGCAGCUGCACGCGCUCUUUAAUUAGGCGGGCAAGGCCAAAGUGACGAUCGAGUAGUAAGGGAGAGAGAUGGGAGGAUGGUGGUCAUCUUUUUGCUUGUCGGCGGAGGAGAGGAGAGCUCGGCUGGAGGUGGCCCUCCCCAAGACCAAGGACAUCGUCGCUUCCUCCCCCGUCGUCAUCUUCAGCAGCACGCACUGUCCCUUGAGUGGACGGGUUAAACAGUUGCUAACGAAGCUGGGGGCGACUUUUAAGGCGAUUGAGCUGGAGGAGUUGAGUGAUGGAUCGGAUAUACACUUGGCGCUGAGAAAAUGGACCGGGCAGAGCACAAUUCCGAACGUUUUUAUCAGCGGAAAGCACGUCGGCGGUCACUACUUUGUGAUGUCGAGGCACAGAGAAGGGAAACUGGUACCUCUGCUCGUCGAAGCAGGCGCCAUCGCCGCCCCUGCUGUUUGAUUAGUUAGAACCUGCAUAAACAUUUUGCUUGGCAUGGUGAAUGCAGUUAGUUAUGUGCUCUCUGAAUAAUAAUAAUAAUAAUGCAGCUCUUGCUUAUGUAACCUAAUCAAUUACUUCUCUUUUCGACUUUUGAAUAAAUAGUUUGGACCUUGUAAUAAAUCGGUUUUCUGCUGGUGUGUGUGUAUACAUAUAUACUUCUGCUGCUGAUCAUGAAACGAGGAACCUCCGAACCUGUCUUGGUUUGAAAUGAGGAAGGGUAUGUAGAAUUUGUGUUGUUUUGAUCA